AAGAACCGGGUGCGAGCCUUCACCGAAGGUGCCGUGAUAAUGGUAUGCCCGGUUCUUCUUGCCAUCUCACUGAAGAAGGUCGACGUGAAGAACGAGGGAGACGGGUUCGUACGAUUCAGCAUCUCUACACUAGUCACCUCCAUUCUGGAAGCCGGUUUACUACCCUUCAUCUGCCUCUCGUUAGCGAAGCUAACACACACGUUCGUCGCGGACUUCCUGUUUGUGGCCUCGAAGUUGCUCAUCCACCUCUGCGCCCUUCUGCUGACGGUCCUGGUCUAUGGCAUCAUACUUCUUAUCGAUCUGGAAAACCUCAGUUACAUGCUUGUUCUCUUUCCCUACACAUUUGCAAUCUUGUGGUGCUACAACAAGACCAGGCGGAAUGGCCGUAAUGAGGAUGCACAGCUGUACACGGAAUAUCAACAAGCUAGGCUGGAAAACUCGAUCGAUUUCGCAGCCGCUGUCACUGCGCUUCUGUUUCUGGGGUUGGAAGGCCUGGCGGCGUUAGAGCUACCGAGCAGCAGCGACGCACCACCAGGACUGCUUGUUGCGUCGCUUCCGCUGAGCUUCUGCACUUGCCUGACGGGCGUAUUCAUCAUGCUGUUGGCCACGGUGCCUCCAACCACAACACAAGAGGAAAGCAACGACGCGUGCAACAUCGUCGAGGUUCUCAACUUGGGUCUGGCCUUCGCGUUCGCCCUCAACGUCUUCUUCUUCACGGCUGCCUUGCUGGGAGAGCUGGCGUUGCUAGUGUGGGUUAUGCCGCUGGUUUCAUUUUUCGCAUGGAUAUUCGCAACUCUUUUCCAGCAGAACGUGGGCGAAGAUGUUAAGCCGGCGUCCAUGGAGCUGACCAAGGUCACCUUUGCGGGCUUCUUGGUUGUCUUGGCGGCCAGCAGUAACACUCCAGUCAGCAGCUACGCCUCUGCGUUCGUGCUCUUCAGCGGCGCAGCUGCCACCGCAGGCCUCGGAUGGAGACUCUUGACGCACAAGACGCCUGCGCCCAGUGCCAUGGUCAAAGCUGCUGAUUUUGCUUCUUUGUUUACCCAUGUGUACGCUUUUAUUGCUGUUAUUCCGUUUGCAGUUGUGGCUUCCAAGGCUCUGAAUUCUCAAGUAAUGAGCUGAAACUUCUGU